AGUUUCAGCCCCGUCUGAAUCACAUUGUAGUGGUGGCUCCAGCCAAUGGAGAGAACGGCAAAGGAGCGAAAGUCCUGGGCUGUAGCAAAUGGAUCUAGGUUAAACAGCCGAGAUGGAGGGGCACUGAUCACUGAGGGAUUAGGGGACCCGUGAAGACCACUGCAGAAUGGCAAAGAAGCAGAGCUGCGUAUAGGCAUGCCUGUCACCAUCCCCCAGGGUGCCUCAUCCCAGCAGCUACAGACGAGUGGCCAAACCUGGCGACAGAGGCUAGCGGUGUUGAUGUGAACUGGUUCGUUCAGACCUUGGGCCGCAAAACUGCCCGACGAGGGCAGGGAAAGUGGCACGUACCCUCUCCAGAUCGCAUAAACGCAGCUGGGGAACUUGCCCAGCCCAGCCCACAGGGUGCUAAAGGGUCAGAAAGGACCCGCCUUUCCCAGACUGGGGCCCGGCGGGCGAAGGUUGUUCCCAAGGCCACGUGAGGCUUCCUCGCCCCUAAAAGCCCCAAACAGGCAGGGCUAAUGGAAGAGGGAAGUUAGGGACGCCCCAACCUCGGAGACGCUGCGCCGUGCAGCCGGCCCUAGAGCCGCUCUCACGACAGCUGCCUCGUCCAACCGGGGGAGGUCGCGGCCGCCGAGCGAUGGCCCGCCGCAGCCGGGACGGGCGCCCCGGGCUGUCCGCGCCGCCGACCCCGCCGCUGCUGCCGCCGCUGCUGCUGUUGGCCGCCGCGGUGUCGCCGAGCCUGGCAGGAGUCCACUAUGCAACUGUGUACUGGAUGCCUGCUGAAAAGACAGUACAAGUCAAAAACGUACUGGACAGGAAUGGGGACGCCUAUGGCUUUUACAAUGACUCUGUGAAGACCACAGGCUGGGGCGUCCUGGAAAUCAGAGCGGGGUAUGGUUCUCAGGCCCUGAGCAAUGAGAUCAUCAUGUUUGUGGCUGGCUUUUUGGAGGGUUACCUCACUGCCCCACACAUGUAUGACCACUUCGUUAACCUCUACCCACAGCUGAUUAAGAAACCUUCCAUCGUGGAUAAAGUGCAAGAUUUUAUAGAGAAGCAAGAUCAGUGGACCCGGAAAAACAUCAAAUAUUACAAGGAUGACCCAUUUUGGAGACAUACAGGCUAUGUUGUGACACAGAUGGAUGGAUUGUAUGUAGGAGCCAUGAAGAGGGCUACGUUAGAAAAGACAAAGCCUAUGACCCUGUUCCAGAUUCAGUUCCUGAAUGCCAUUGGAGAUCUGUUGGAUCUGAUUCCCUCAGUUUCUCCCACAACAAAUUCCAGUUUGAAGGUUUUUAAGAGAUGGGACAUGGGACAUUGCUCUGCCCUUAUUAAGGUUCUUCCUGGAUUUGAGAACAUCUUUUUUGCUCACUCAAGCUGGUACACGUAUGCAGCCAUGCUCAGGAUAUAUAAACACUGGGACUUCAACAUCAAUGAUAAAGACACGAGCAGUAGUCGCCUCUCUUUCAGCAGUUACCCAGGAUUUUUGGAGUCUCUGGAUGACUUUUACAUUCUUAGCAGUGGCUUGAUAUUGCUACAGACCACAAAUAGUGUGUAUAAUAAAACCCUACUGAAGCUUGUGGUACCCCAGUCUCUCCUGGCGUGGCAAAGGGUCCGUGUGGCCAAUAUGAUGGCAAAUGGUGGCAGGCAGUGGGCAGAGAUCUUUUCAAAGUACAACUCUGGCACCUACAACAAUCAAUACAUGGUCCUGGACCUGAAGAAGAUAAAGCCAAAGUACAGCCUUGACAGCGACACUCUGUAUAUUGUGGAGCAAAUUCCUACAUAUGUAGAAUAUUCUGACCAAACUAAUGUUCUACGGAAAGGAUAUUGGCCCUCCUACAACAUUCCUUUCCAUGAAAAAAUCUACAACUGGAGUGGCUAUCCAAUGUUAGUUCAGAAGCUGGGUUUGGAGUACUCCUAUGAUAUGGCUUCACGAGCCAAAAUCUUCCGGCGUGACCAAGGGAAAGUGACUGAUAUGGCAUCCAUGAAAUAUAUCAUGCGAUACAACAAUUAUAAGAAGGAUCCUUACAGUAAGGGCGAUCCCUGCAAUACCAUCUGCUGCCGUGAGGACCUGAACUCACUUAACCCAAGUCCUGGAGGUUGCUAUGACACGAAGGUGGCCGAUAUCUACCUAGCAUCAGCGUACACAGCCCAUGCCAUUAGUGGUCCCACAGUACAAGAUGGCCUCCCUGUUUUUCACUGGAACCGUUUCAACAAAACUCUCCACCAGGGCAUGCCAGAGACCUACAACUUUGAUUUUAUUAUCAUGAAACCAAUUUUGAAACAGGACAUAAAAUGAAGGAGGGAUUUGAGGGAACAGAAGGGAAUAGAAGGUCGCAAAUAAGAUUCCAAAGGCACUAUUUUAGCUAUGUUUUUUCCAUUCAGAAUUAAUCUUAAUAAAAUAUAUUAAAUUCAGUCUGUCA